CACCUACCUUCUUCCUAUCCUUCCUCACUCUCUCUCCCUCUCCCCCUUCCCUCUCUGGGCUGAUGCUCACUUUUUCAGACAGAGACAGAUACAGACACACUGCAUCACCAAAAACUUCUUCCAGUUCUUGGGGGCCAGACUGGAGCCUGGGUCCUUUGCAGAGCAGACCAAGCAUGAAGAGGGUAAAUGAGCUUUCAUUAUGUCGAGGAACACUGAGGAAGUCGCAAAAAAAAAAAAAAAUCUACUUAAAAAAAAAUGUUAUUUCCCAUUACGCACCUACUUUCUAGAGAAAAAAGAAAAGAAAGAAAGAAAAAACCACGUGGGCCUGAUGUUUUACUGUAGAAUUCAGAGUAAGGUGCCAGAGCGUCCCAUCGCCUUGCAUCCGCAGGAGAGAAAGAUGGUGACAGGAUGUAAAUUUUCUGGAUUUUUGAAGCUCUUGGUCAGCAUUCGUUUUGGAAGCUUGACUUACAAGAACUGAGAAAUGAGAAUAUUUAGUAUCUUUACACUCAUGGUUUACUGUAAUUUGUUGGAAGCCUUUACUCUCACAGUCACCAAGGACCUGUACGUGGUAGAAUAUGGUAGCAAUGUAACAAUGGAAUGUGUAUUCCCAUUAGAAAGCCCAUUGAACAUAAAUUCACUGAUUGUCUAUUGGGAAAUGGAGGACAAGAAAAUUAUUCAACUUGUGAAUGGGAAGGAAGACUCAAAUGUUCAGCACAGUAGCUACAGGCAGAGGGCACAGCUGUUGACAGACCGACUCUUCCUAGGAAAGGCUGCACUUCAGAUCACAGAUGUGAAAUUACAGGAUGCAGGGGUUUACUGUUGCUUGAUCAGUUACGGUGGAGCCGACUACAAGCGGAUUACUUUGCAAGUCCAUGCUCCAUACCACAAAAUCAACCAGAGGAUUUCUGUGGACCCAGUAACCAGGGAAUAUGAACUAAUCUGUCAGGCUGAGGGCUACCCAGAGGCUGAAGUCAUCUGGAAAAACAGUGACCACCAAGUUCUGAGUGGCAAAACCAUAAUUACAAAGUCCAAGAAGGAGGAGAAGCUUCUCAAUGUGACCAGCAUUCUGAGAGUCAACACAACAGCUAACCAGGCUUUCCAGUGCACUUUUCAGAGAUCAGGUCACCAGGAAAACAAUACAGCUAUGCUUAUUAUCCCAGAAUCACAUAAACCAAAUGAGAGAACUCACUGGAUAAUUCUGGGAGCUGUCCUGUUGUUCCUUGUAGUUUUAACAACCAUCUUCCCUCCUAAAAAAAAAGUGAAAAUGCUGGAUGUGGAAAAAUGUUGCAGCAAGGAUAUGAAGUCAAAGAAGCACAAUGAUACACAAUUUGAGGAGACGUAGUGCAGCACUGAAACUGGUGAUCUUAAAGUAGGAAUUCUCCGUCUAUGGUUUUAGUUCAUCAAGACCAGAGGAAUGCAGUAAGCUAGUAGGCUUCAGAUAAUGAAAGACUGAAAAGGCCCUGUCUCUGAAACUUGAACCUGUCAAAGAAGAGAAGGAAAACUAAAAAAAAAAGAGGUAGAAGAAAAGGAAGCGUGAAGGUAACUUUGGAACUUCAAAAUGAUUGGGAGACUCCUCUGCACAUAGGAAAGGAGAAAAGAUACUUCUGGAUAGUGGAUUUCCAUGGAAAUUAUUCAUCUUUUAUCUUAGAAAAGCAGGUUGAGGUGCCUAGGUUUAAUGGUCAGUUCAUGCAGCAAUGCCCUUUGCUGUCAUGCAGUGUCAUUGUUUGUCUUCUGAGUGACUGAGAAUUCUAGUUUUGCACCAGUAUUUAAGUGUGAGUUAUUCCUAUUUAUUUUUAAUCGGUGGGGCCUUUAUCAUGUGAAUGUUAUUGUAAGUAACUGCUUUGUAAAAUGUAUCAUUGCAAAGUUAAAAUACAACAUCUAAACCAAGUUUACUGUUUAGCAAAUUAGAAGCAUCCAGUAAAAUGUGCAGUGUUUGGAAUGUGCUUGAUAGUCUCUGUGACUAACAGAUACAGGCUGGAUUAACAACAAGCUAUUAGUCUGUAAAGGAUAUUUACCCCACUAACACUUUAGUUGAAUUGAAUCAUCCUGGCCACAGAUGUUACAAAUUCCAGUACUCUUUCUUUUAAUAGUUUUAUUUAUUUAUUGGAUAGAUAAAGAGAGAAAUCAAGAAUGAAGGGAAGAUAGUCAGGGGGAGAGGCAGAAAUGCAUGCAACAUUGCUUCACCGUUCGGAAAGCUUCCUCCCUGCAGGUGGGGAUUGAGGGCUUUAACCUGGGUCUGUGUGCAUUGUAGCAUGUGCACUCAACCCAGGUGUGCCACCACCUGCUCCCCUGUAUUUCAAUAAUCUUAUUCAUAUACCUUAAAAUAAGGUACAUUGCUAGAGUAUCUAGUGUCUAUUCCUUUUUAAAUAGCAAGUGUACAACUAUGUGGUUUCCUACAUAAAUUAACUCACAUAAUCCGUGUAACAGCUGUGUUGUGGUAAGCAAUGUUAUUAUACUUCCUUCCCAGUUAAGGAAGUAGAGAAGUAAAGUAUGUUGUCCCAGACAUUAAACAGUAAGCCUCAGAUUUCCACUGACCUAUUUGAAUACAACUUACAGCUGUGUUUGACUUCAAAGAAUGCAUUCAUUUGGCACACAUUUUGGAAGUGCCUUUGCAUGCUCAUCACCAUGACAGGCAGAAUUUACAAGUGUGAACAAGAUAAAGAACCUUCUUCAAGGAGAUAUAAAGGGGGAAGCUGAUAAGAAAAGCAAUUAUGAUGAUUUUGUGAGGUGUCAAAGCAUAAUAGCUGGAGAAGAAUGAGAGUAUGAGAGUGCAAGAAGGAAAAAAAAAACUAGAAUUCCUGCAAAAGGAAUUCUAGUCUGGGCAGCCAGACAGGGUCUUCCUACAAAGUUUAUAAUACUUAAGGAUUUUAAUAAUUAGAGUAAUCUAAUUUAUGAAUAAAAAUCAUUAUUUUCUUUUGUAACUGUGGACAAUAACAAAUUCCAUUAUACUUAUUCUUGGUGUAUUUUCUCUUAUGUACAAUCUGAUGUUUAUUUAUGUAUUGCUUAGUAACUUUUUGAUUUAAAAUUCUGUUUAAUUCAAAUGGAAUAUCUACACUUCCAUGAUUCAAAAUUCUGAAAGUUCAAUAGGAGACAUUCAGAAGUUUCCAUUUCAGACCACUAAUAUAGCUCACCUAUCAGUACACUUGCUUUUUCAUGCACUUGACCCAGGUUUGAUCCUGUUUCCUACAGCACCAAGGGAAGUCUCAGUGCUGCUGUGUCUUUCCCUUUCUUUGUUUCUCUGUCUCUCUCUUUCUGUCUGUAAAAGUUGGCUGAGAGCAGUGAAGCCCCUUGACAAUAAAAAGUUCCCAUUUGAACCCUAUAACCAUUCACUUUUCUCUUUCUAGAAGCAAUGACUGUUACCUUUUAUUUUUGCAUUCUCAUACAGGUAUUCUAUGAAUAUAUGUAGAAAUAAAUAAAUGACAGGUGUAUAAUUUUUUCCUCUUUUUACCUCAUUGUAACACAUUAUAUGCCUGCUGUGCACUUUGUUCUUUUUAUUUAACACAUUAUGUCUUAGAUAGUAGCUGGAACAAACUUGGAGUUCCCAAAAGUCAGGCAUUAUGUUUUGUUUGUUUUUAGGCCAUCUUUUCCAUAGCCUCUUAGUAUCUUUUGUAGUACAAGCCAUACAUGUAUUCAACCAGCAUUUGUAGCAAACAUUGAUGUCACUGAGUUAGGAUUUGAUUUCCUUUCUCAAAAUGAGACCUAUAGUUUCUCAAGAGUACACUGGACCCAGACGGAUGACCUCAUUACUAACUCUGUAUGACAGAAUCAUGUCUGAAACUUAUUUUUCCUGUUUACUUUUGAAUAUAAACUUGCCUUUGAUAUUGCACUCACAACAUUGCAUGUUCUUUUUGAAAACCUCUUUAGAGUACCUUACCUCUGGAAUUCUCAUCUGUGUUAGAAAAAGGCUCAUGAGCUAUGGGUGAACCCUGGGGUCUUUUUUCCAAUUUUCAUCACUACACAGGUCUCUUAAAAUGUUGCUGUCCAAAAGUGGUGAGAUUCACAAGUUCUCUUAGAAAUCCCAGAAAAUUUCUGUCCACUGUCAUGUACCUGGAUUAAUGGCAAGGAAAACUGUUGUUUUGCUAUGUGUCGAGAAAUUUUUUUAAAAGUUGAAUUGCUAACUGAAUUGCCCUGCUGUGUUUUUUGACAUGUUCAUAUGUACAUUUCCUUUGUAUGAAGCACAAAGAAAGACAGUUUAUACAUCUUAUACUGAAUCAUAAUGUCACUUUGUGAUGGAUUGAUAAGGCACUUUAUUUUAUCCUUUUCUCUUGUGUUCAUGUAAAUGACAUAUACAGAAAUGGUAUUUUAAAUCUGCAUUUGAUUAUCAUUUGUUAAAUCUGCAUUAAUUUAUCAAGUAUCUUAUUUAUUUUGGUCCUCUGUGCAUCAGCAUGCCUAUUUUUUUCUAUGUGGUUUGUAAAACCAUUUCUGAUUUAACUUCCCAAUGCAGACAUUUACUAGAAUAACUACAACUACAUUUCUAGUCAUUUCGUUUAUAAAUUUUGUGUUUAUACAGAAUACUCUUAAAUCCUACAUUAUACAAAUUAUUAAAAAGAAUUACUUCUUAAAAAUAAUAUGUGUAAAUGUGUUUUUUCUCAUUCAUUUGAUUGCCUCCUUUAGGACAAUACUAAGAAUCAAAAUUGUGUCAUCAAAUUGAAGAUCUGAAGGAAAGGAGGUGGGAGAAAAAGGAGCAAUGUUCAAUAGAGUAUAAGGUAGAUAAGAGAUGUCCCAGCUGGUAAAGAACACACUUUAUCUAAUAGGAGCACCUGUGUGGCACUGAAAGAAGCUUUAACAGUGAAGCAGUACUGUGAAGUCUCUCUUCUCUCUCCUUCCUUCUCUCUCUUCUUCUUUGUCUCUGUCUGAAAUCAUGAGAAAAAAAAAAGUUGACCAGCAGUAAUGAUAAUCAUGCAUACAUAAGGCCCCAGUAGGUAAUAAAUAAAGGGACCAAAUAAAAUGAGUUUUCCAAGAGGACCUUUCUAAGAUCAGUAAGCACAGAUAUGCAAACUAAUGCAUAUGACACUUUAUAUAUAUCACAAUUCUUGGAUUCUGAAAAGAAUGUAAGAAACCUAGGAAGAAGUCAGAUUGAGGAAUAAGGCCUGAUACAAAGUAGGACUAUAAGAUUCAUAAUUUUAAAACCAACCUAGCAACACUUGACAUUUCAGGAUGAAUAGAAUGUACACGUGUCCUCUGAAAUUUCUUAGUCAUCAAGUUCACUUUAAAGAGAAUUUUAAUCACUUUUCUGAAUCACACUCUAAAGGGAUGAUGAUUGUGAUUGCUAAGAAUAUGUUAAAUACUGUGUUUUUAAAAGAGUAUCAGUGUCUUUAGAGAAAUAACAAUAAUAUAUGUGUGUAGCUUUUGAGAAAUCAAAGCAAUAAAAAUGAGUGCUGGCUGGCUUUGCUAGUUAAAACUUUAGUUGGAGUUUUGCGAUAUUGGAAUGUUCUGUAUUACAGGAAAGUUAGCCUGAAAAUGGACGAUAGUCACUUAUUAUACUUUCCAGUCUUUUUACAAAUAGAACUAUCAAACUGGAUCUGAUAUUUUAAUCUAAUUAUCCUAGGAAACAUAUAGAUUAUUACUAGUGUAAAACUUGGAAUUCAAAAUUAACUUGUGUACCCUUAAUAUCUGUGCCCAGCUUUGUGAACAUGGAGUGUUGAGUUUUCACUACCACAGUGCCCCACACUUUCAAGGAAAUUAAUAUAGGAAAACAAUUUACCAUAUUAUAAAUUUUUAUUUUGGGGGGCCAGAACAUAAGCUGUUUUUUUAUUUUAUUUUAUUUUUAAGUAUUUUAUUUAUUUAUUUAUUUUUAUUUUUGAGAUAGAUGCAGAAAGAAAGACACAGUGAGAAACACCAGAGCACUUCUCAGCUCUGGCUCAUGGUGGUGCAGGGGAUUGAACCUGGGACUUUGGAGUCUCAGGGAUGAGAGUCUCUUUGCAUAACCAUUAUGCUACCUAUCCCCCCCUUUUU